UUUGACCUCCAUAGUCUGCCGUACCCUACCAUCAACAGAUUGAUAUCUGUUGGAUCACUCCACCCGCUUCUUCAAUACAGUCAAAUGCCGGGCCGCACUGUAUCUCCUCUCCACCAUUUGAUGACCAACCCAGGUGCCCAUAGAUCAGCCUUUUCAUCUGACUCUCAAGUUGUUGUUGUUACGUUGACUUUUUGUGUUCUACCUAUUAUGGGCAACAGAUCGACAAGGAAGUGAGAUUUGCCAAUGUAGCCCCGAGCACAAAGGCCAUUUAUUAAUAAAUGAAUGGCUCCUCAACUUCACCAGGUUUCCUCUUUCUGCUUUUCUCGCGUCUAUUGACCUUUGAAAUCCAACUUUUUCCAAACUUUUAUUAUUACUCUUUCUGUCCCAUGACCCCCCAAAGCUAGUUAAUAUACAUCGCGCACGUCUUCUGCUCCACUUAAUUUACUUUUGAUUAUUUUAUUUCUUUCUUCUCCGUCAUGGUUGACUUUGGUCCACCCCACGGGUUCGCACUACGCAGACGAGGCUCCUGCUUGGAAAAUGAAUCAGGCAAUGUUACAUGGGGCGAAUUCAGCCGAUGCUGUCCCAAGCCCAGCAUUGACGAGUCAGGCGCAUGUUGUCCGACGGCCAAUAACUGUAUGGAGGAUAUCAAGAACCCGGCACACUGCGCCGACGAAAGCUGGCUUCUUUUUCGAAACACUAGGGACAAUGGAUAUUUCUGUUGCUUGCCGAAGACAGAUGGGUUUCUUACAAUUUUUAACGAUAAUACAACAGGAGUUGGAUGUCGGGAUUCUACUGAUCCUGAAACUUCUGAUUAUUUGUGGCAGCCGAGGGUUAUAACUGACGCCGAUGGGUCAACUUGCCCUUCUACUUCAAAAUCGGGCGCUAUAGCAGGUGGCGUAGUUGGUGGUGUUGUUGGGUUAGCAAUCAUUCUUGCCUUGCUUUGGUAUUUCAUGCGUCGCCUAUCACAGAAGCAACCCCCUCAAGAGGAAAUGCCCAUCACAGAAGCACCGGUGAUACAAUCUGGCCCUGUUAUGUCUUCAGGCAAACCGAGAGGGUUGGACUGUCCAGGUUAUAUGGCAGAGCUGGAGAAUAUUCCUGUCCACGAGUUGCCAGAAAAUAUAAGGACCUGAUGAAAAGCUAUGGUCUGCAUUUUAGUAUCAUUUGAUAAAGC